AUGCCUACAGAAAAUAUUUCCUUUGAAUCGGUUUUAAGUGUUACACAUAUACAAACAUUAAUGGAAUUAUCUGGAUGUAUGAGUGGACAAUUUAAAGAUACAUGUCAAGAUAUGUGCUUUCACUCAAAAUAUAGAUCAUACACUGGACAAUGUAAUAAUUUUGACCAUCCAACUUGGGGUGUAAGUCAAAUGCCAUUUCUUCGAUUAUUACCACCAAUUUAUGAAAAUGGAUUUAAUACACCUGUUGGAUGGAAUAAAGGCUAUUUAUAUUUUGGAUAUCCAAAACCAAAUCCGAGGACAGUAUCUGUUGAAUUAAUUGGGGCUGAAAAUAUAAGUCCACAUCCUUAUUAUUCUGCAAUGCUUAUGCAGUGGGGGCAAUUUCUUGAUCAUGAUUUGGAUUUUACUGCAACUGCUUUAAGUAGACAAACAUAUGUUGGUGGGGCUAGAUGUAACCGAACUUGUGAUAAUAUUGCCCCAUGUUUUAAUAUUCCAUUACCAUCAAAUGAUUAUCGUUUGCAUACAAUUACCAAUUCUUCUGAUAAAUUACCCUGUAUUGAAUUUGAGAGAUCUGCAGCAAUUUGUGGAUCAGGGGAAACAUCUCCAAUUUUUCAACAAAUUACUUAUAGAGAACAAGCAAAUAUAAUAACGAGUUAUUUGGAUGGUUCUCAAAUUUAUGGAAGUACAGAAGUUGAUGCUUUGGAUCUUCGAGAUUUAUUUUCUGAUCACGGACUUUUGCGUUUUGAUAUUGUUAGUUCUGCACAAAAACCUUAUUUACCUUUUGAACGAGAUUCGGCAAUGGAUUGCAGAAGAAAUUUUUCUAAUGAAAAUCCUAUACGUUGUUUUUUAUCUGGAGAUUUUAGAGCUAAUGAACAAAUAGGUCUAACAGCAAUGCACACAAUUUGGAUGCGUGAACAUAAUUUUAUUGCUACACAACUUUUAGAAAUGAAUUCGGAUUGGGAUGGUGAAAGAAUAUAUCAAGAACAUAUUACUUAUAAUGAAUGGUUACCUAAAGUACUUGGACAAGAAGGAUAUAAAAUAUUAAUUGGCCCUUAUAAUGGUUAUUCUUCGGAAGUAAAUCCAAGUGUUUCAAAUGCUUUUGCUACAGCUGCUUUUCGUUUCGGCCACACACUUAUUAAUCCAAACUUGGAAAGAUUAAAUAAAAAUUUUAAUUCAAUACAAGAAGGCCCUCUACCUUUACAUGAAGCUUUUUUUGCUCCCGAACGUUUGCUUGCUGAGGGAGGUGUUGACCCUAUCCUUAGGGGGUUAUUUGCAUCUCCUUUGAAACAACCGAUGAGUGAACAGGUAAAUAAGGAUAUUAAAUUAUUAAAUAGAGAAUUAACCGAACGUUUAUUUCAUCGGGCACAUAAUGUUUCUUUGGAUUUGGCUGCAAUUAAUAUACAAAGGGGAAGAGAUCAUGGACUUCCCGGUUAUUUGGAAUAUCGACGAUUUUGUGGAUUAACUGUGCCCACAAAUUGGGAACAACUUUCUUUUAAUAUUCCAAACCCUGAGGUGUUGUCACGACUUAAAAAACUUUAUGGUCAUCCAGGCAAUAUAGAUUUAUGGGUUGGGGGUAUUGUUGAAAAACGUUUACCAGAAGCUCUUAUUGGCCCAACAUUUUCUUGUAUAAUUGGAGAUCAAUUUAAAAGACUUCGAGAAGGAGAUCGCUUUUGGUAUGAAAAUCCGGGUGUUUUUACUCCUUUACAAUUAUCGCAAAUAAGAAAAAGUACUUUGGCAUCAGUUAUUUGCAGAAAUGGGGAUGAUAUCGACAAGAUUCAACCGGAUGUGUUUCUUUAUUUUGGACAAAAUAAAUUAGCUUAUAAACAAUGCGAACAAUUACCAAGAUUAAAUUUACGCAUGUGGAUGUCUUGUUGUGACGAAAGUUGCUCAUUUCGUUCUACACAGAAUAAUGGGAAAAAUGAGGAAGAAAAUCUACAGAGGAGAAGGAGACGUUCAAAACAUUUAUAUAAUUAA